AUGGCAGCGCUCCUCCUCCCCAUUUCCCUGCCCCUGCCCUCAGCAGCCCUUGUGGAAGGCUACACUCCCAUGGAAGCCCUCAAAGGUAAAAACUACGGCAAGCCACGAAUGAGCUACAGCGAUUACGUCACCACCCCGUCAGGACUGCAGUACCUUGACGUCAGGGUGGGCACCGGUCCCACCCCCAAGCCGGGUCAGCGGGUGACCAUCGACUGGGCGGGCGUCACCAUCGGGUACUAUGGGCGCCCCUUUGAGGCCCGCAACAAGACCAAGGGCGGCGCCUUCACGGGGGACGACAAGGAGUUUUACCACUUCAACUUGGGCUCCGGCUCCGUCAUUCCGGCGGUGGAGGAGGGGGUGGCGGGCAUGGCGGUGGGCGGCAUCCGCCGACUCAUCGUACCAGAAGAGCUGGGCUACCCCAAUGGGGACAUGACGGCCCUGGGACCCAGCCCCACCACCUUUUCCGGUCAGCGGGCCCUGGACUUUGUGCUGCGCAACCAGGGCUUCAUCGACAAGACCCUGCUCAUCGACGUAGAGCUGCUGGAUGUGCGCUGA